GCCUUCCCAGAUUUUUGCCUCCAAAAUGGCGAGUCCGAGCCGCGCCGUGGUUAUCGCCUCGCGCCGCCUGCUACAUGCCGGCGCUUUGUCCGGAUUACUCAGGAUUUGUCAAGCGCUUUUCGGCAUGGGCCUGAGGCAAGCCCGCGCAACCCACCAAAUAAAGGCCGCACGUUUAAAAAGAGAAACAUAUAACCCCAGCCACGUCCUUCGAGCACCAGCACCCAGGCCCCCUUCGCCACAAAUCUUAUUUCUGAAACACCCCCGGACACCUCGGUCGUCAAACCCAGUCUUGUGUUUUUCCUGAGAAUUCCCACAAGCCCGCCUGCGCCAGUCACUCCAAACCUUUGCCUUCGAGGUCCCACCACCAGCACUUCUUCAUAUAUCAUGCUGUUGCCCAUACAGCCCACGCCCGUCAGCACGCAGAACUUCGAGAACAUGCCGCUAGUGUCGCCGGCGCUCACGCCAUCGGUGCCCCAAACGCCGCAGAAACCACCGCACAUUUCGCAGGAGGAGAGAAACAGGCUCCCGAUCCACGAUAAGCUCCCCCACGUCCGAUGUAUUGCCCGGGCGCGGAUCCCCACGGUGCAGGGCCCCGAGAUCUUCCUACAUCUCUACGAGAACGACAUGGACCAAAAGGAGCAUUUGGCCAUCGUGUUCGGCGAGGACAUCCGCUCGAAGUCGCUCUUCAAGCAAAGAGACGGCGACACGCAGCAGGACAGAAUGACCCGCGGCGCCUAUAUCGGCAAGCUUUUCCCCGGGCGCACCAAUGCGGACUUCGACGAGAAGGCAAACAAGCGCCUUCGUUUCGACGCGAACGGCGACUUGAUCUUGCUGGACCUGAACACUUUCACGGACGAUGUGUUGGCCCGUGAGUGCUACACCGGCGAGACCGCCUGGUCGGCGCGCUGUGACUGUGGUGAGCAGUUCGACGAGGCGGGCCGCUUGAUGGGCGAAAACGGCCACGGGUGCAUUGUCUACUUGCGCCAGGAGGGCCGAGGCAUCGGGCUCGGCGAGAAGCUCAAAGCAUACAAUUUGCAGGACUUGGGCGCCGACACCGUGCAGGCAAACUUGCUUUUACGGCACCCGGCGGACGGCCGUUCUUUCUCCUUGGCUACGUCUAUCUUGGUAGACUUGAACUUGGUCAAGGUGAAGCUCUUGACCAACAACCCGGACAAGAUCAUUGCGGUGGAGGGCAAGAACCGGGAUGUGGAGGUGGUGGAGCGGAUCCCCAUGGUGCCCUUGGCCUGGAACUCGCAGAAUGGCAUCAAGUCAAAGGAGAUCGAGGGUUACUUGAGCACCAAGAUAGAACGGAUGGGGCAUUUGCUAGAAAAGCCCAUCAAGAUAUAAUCUUGCAAUGGGCGUCGCCCGAAGUCGGGGCUGGAUGUCUGGCACCCACGUCGACGUCACAAGUCUCGACUAGCCUUCGUCAAAGCCUCGGAUUGGCUUACUCCUUAUAAAUAUGUACGAUUACACGGCCCAUGGAUUUAGAAAGUCAUGUGUUUCCCAGGAUGACAACUAGUCUUCGGCAAAGUCUCGGACUUGAGGACUUCUUGGCUUGCUCCUUAUAAUUAUGUACGAUUACACGGCUCAUGGAUUUAGACUUUCUUCAAACUAAACGGUCCAUUAUAUAUCCCCCAGGAUGACAACUACUCUUGAGUCGAGGCCUUCUUGGCUUCUUCCUUAUAAAUACGUACGAUUACACGGCUCAUAAACUUAGAACGUCUUCAAAUUAAACGGU